UGUAAACAUGGCCGAUGUUUUUUGAUUUGUCUGGAAAUGAAUGUUGCUCGGUCUAUUUUAAGUCUCUGAUCGUGAAUGCUAAGACAUUUUACGAAGCUACUGGCACGUCAGAGCUUCCGAACUAUGGCUACAAAAGAAACCGGGCAUUUGAAAUGUGCUACGUUUAAUAUUCUUGCUCCUUGUUAUAAAGUUCUUGACAAGUGCCAAUGGACACUAUGGUACCAGAAAGAAAGUUCAUAUCCUGAUCAAUACAUACCUCGUUUUGAAGCCAUCAUACAGUUGUUACAGUCGGAAGACGUCGAUGCGCACAUAGUUUGCUUCCAGGAGUUCUGGUUCAAGGAUUUCGUUUUUAACUUGUUUAGGGAAAAAUUGGGCCAUCGAUAUGAAAUUGUUCAACUUAAACGGCUUGGUUUCAAAUCAGACGGCCUUGUCAUGCUUGUUGAUAAAAGUUACAAGGUUAAAUAUGUAGAAAAUAUUACGUUUAAUGAUGCCGCAAACCGGGUAGGAUUAUUGGUGCACAUUGAAUUGCCUUCAAAAUACGAGGUGAUUGUGGUUACCUCACAUUUGGCAUACGGAGAUGGAUACGUGGACCAAUAUCUGAGGCUGACCGAAGCAAAGAAAUUAAUGGAUGCGAUUGAAACAUAUGCUAGAAGAAAUCGCAACAUUCCAAUUAUUUUAGCUGGAGAUUUGAACGGUCCUGAGGACAGCCCUGUUUGUGAGUGUAUUUUCGAGGAGGAUUUUGAAUCGGCUUUUAAGACUGUUCAUGGAAAAGAACCAAAAGUGACACACAAAGAUCAUUCGGAAAAUUGUACUGCGGUUGACUUCAUAUUUUAUCGAAGUUCGUCAAAGUGUGUUCUAAGGCCAACUGAUGCAAAGUUAUUCCCUACAGAAUAUGGACAUGAAGAAUGGCCUGCAGAAUUCACUCUCUCAGAUCACAGAUUGCUCACAGCUGAGUUUGAUUUAGUUGAAAAAAAAUAGCAACUAGAUAUAUCAGUGUUUCAAUUAAUAAUUGUAUUAUGUUAAUAGUAAUAAUAGUUAAUACUACAGUGCAGUAAAUUGAGGUGAAAUAUACAAAAUCUUACUGUAGAUGUAUAUAGCCUUAGGGCAUUUACCUUUAAAAUUAAAGAAGUGUCCAGUUCAGUAAAAUUUUCAUUCUGGAUAAAGUAUAAAUGAUACAAGGUAAUGUUGACAUAGUAGCUCAAUCCGAAGGAAAAUUUCCACCCUAAACCAAAUAUAACUAUGCACCAAUUGAAUUGAUAACUAUAUUACUUACCAUUACCUGCCUA